GUGGCAAGCGUCGUUACGGUUUGUAUCCCAACAACACCAAUAACAAAACAAAUAAAUAUAACAAAGUCAAAAAAUUGAAUCGCCGAAAGGAUAAUUGACAAAAUACAAACAAGAUUUCGUAGGACACAGGACAAGUGUUUUACUGCUACUCGGGUAUUCCUUCGUAUGGGUGUUUAUACGAAAUUGUCUCUGAGCAUUCGGUUGUGAAUGUUCUUUGCGCGAAGACGGUGUUAAAAAAUAGCUGGUAUUUUUGUCAAAAUAAUUAGAAAUACUUAAUAUUAUAUUUUCUUAUGGUGGAAGUGUUGUGUGCAAACGUUAAAAAGUGUUCUGUUCAAAAUAUCAGCAUGUGUAAAAAAAGUUGAGUGAAAAGUUUUAUUGCUUCAAUUUAACAACAAUAUUGUACAAAAUUUUACUUACGGAAGCUUUUAAAUAAAUUAUGUCCAAAGUGUUGACUCAACAAAAUGCCCUGCCUACACAGCAGCUCAAAAAAAUUGAAAAUCACAAAAAAACCACACCCACUGUACAAAUGCUCAAUAGCAAUUGCAAUAGUCUAAACAGUGGCAUCAGUAUGAGAGGCACAGCCGCCAACUCCGUGGUUUGUUCCUCGGAAUCUCCAUCAACCUCUUCAUCGCCCAUUACAGUCGAUUGCGACGAUUUUACCAGCAGCUCUAUAUUGGAGUUUUUAGCAAGGGAACAAGAAUGUUGCACUGAGGCAGACACAGAAAGUAUUUUUCAAGAAGUGAGUCGAUUGGCAGAUAAUUCAGACACCCGUAGUGUCGACGAAAUUUUGCGUGAAGCUGAACUCCUAAUGCAACAACAGUCAAUCUUCGGAUGCACGGACAGGGCAGCGCCAUGUAAACAACUUAAAGUAAGUGGAGGCAACAAAUCAAAAAGUAAUCAACUGAAUCAACCACAACCAAAUUCUGCAGUACAUGAACAAAUUCAACAAUCCCCAGUUGCCACACAAAAUAUCAAGUUAAAUAGCAAGUAUACAAAACGUAUCGAAAAUGUUAGUCCAACGCAGAAGCAAAUGCAAACUGUGCCGCAUACAAGACUGACAAACGGUAAUUGUACACAUAAAGAAAAAAUGAAAUCACAAAAAAACGGAUUGGAAUACAGUGUACUUGCAACGGCGGAUGCUACACUUACAGCUACAAACACGCCACAGACACCAACUGCCGCCACGCCGAUUGGAAACCAACGCUUUGACGCUUUUGUCGACAAUUUACCAUCGGUGUCUGUCAUCUCUGAAGAGUCUACACCGAAGGAUAUGCAAACCAUGAUGUCCACUGAUGCCGAUGUUACUACAAUGGCGUUGCUAAACGGCGACGACGAUGACACCGACACGAUGGAGGAAAUCACGGAAGGUAUUGAAAACAUUGAACUAAUAUUGAAUGAUGAAGGGCAGCCGGUAGAGGUCAACAAUGCGCAUUCAAGUGGGUCGAACGCGGUGGAUGAAGUGUCGGCAAACAACUACUCCAACGAACUCGAAGACGAUGCGGAUGGCGACGCCGACACUUUGAGCGCCGAUGGCAGUUCUCUGGAUGCUAAUACCGCUGAGAAUGCCGCCAAUACCGCAACAACCACAACAACCUUCUACACGGGGCAUUUAUCAGGGUCAUCGUCAUCAUCCGUUAUGUCGACGUCAUUGCAUAUAGCCGCGCAAACAAAAUUAAAACAAAGUGAAGACGGCAACGUAAACGUGACGGCACGCCGACCUAGUUUCGACGCAAUGCUGCAGCACUCACAACAACAUCAGCAACAGCCAAUAUCCACUACACAGCAAGCGCAUAGCGUCAACUACGCAUCACAAACACAGAUGCAGCUGGUCGGCGGCAGUCCGGCACGUCGCAAUCCACUCACCUUUGGCGGCUUGCAACACAGCAGUCCCAGCAUGCUGGAACGUCGUAGCUCGGGUGGCUAUUGCGCAAGCGCACAACGCUCUUCCAUGACCACGCCAGACAGUGGCAUCAGCCAAACACAGUCCUCACAAUCGUGCACGCCUGGUCCGUACAGCCCGCAUAGAAUGCUCUCCACAACGCUACCAGCCAAAACGUACUGUGACAAGUCAGUAAACUCGUCACCCAAGCGCAUGAUCUCCGCACUCACCUCGCCCAUUGAACCUUUUGCGGCGAAUGUGGGCCGAGAGCAUGCGCUGAAGCACGAAAUCGAACAAUUGCAGGAGAAACUAAAGGACACCGAAGAGCGUCUAAAAUCACUACGCAUACAACACGAUUCGCUGUCACAGCUGCAUCGCGAUCUGCGUGAAAGUAACACGAAAUUGCAAGAAGAGUCUGAAAUGCUUAAGUUGGAUGUGCAACAUCUGAACGAAUGUGCCAAUAUAUUGCGUACCGAGCUGCAAACUGCGCGCGCCGAUCGCGAUGAGGCGUUGCACUUGCAGAAAACGCUGCAGGGUGAGCUGGAGGAGAAUCGACAAGAUAGGAAGCGUACGCAGGAACUCAAAGAUAAAGAGGCCAAAACCAUACAAGAUCUGCAGCGGCAGUGCCGUGAAAUGGAGCGUAUACUGAUGCGCAAGCAUCCGGACUCGGUUUCGGCCCUAAUAGUUGCUUCAAAAAAUUCCGGCAAGUGCGCGAGCAAUGACCAGGAGAAUGUCAACAGCCGCAAACUCUUGGAGCAGCGUAUUGCGCAGCUGGAGUCGGAUGCAAAGGAGCAAGACUUAAAAGCACAACAAAUACUCGCAAAUGUGCAGGCGCGCUUCAACUCAGUGCAGUCCAAAUAUGAGACACACAUAGCUGAUCUGGAAACACAAGUGCUAAGCCUACAGGAGAUCAAUACGAAACUAAAUGAAAAGAUCGAAUCGCAAGUGCGCACGCUUGACUACUUUGUCUCCAAGAAGGCUGAGAACUUCUAUAACAAUUGCACGCAAACAGACGCCAAUGUAGUGGCCGAUGAGCAUGAGGCAGGCUGCAGCGGCGAUAUAACCAAACGCGCCAGUGUAAACACAACUGGCGAUAGAGGCAACGCCAACGCCAGCACCACUGCCACCGCCAAUGCCAACAACAACUGCACCAACACUACCGGUACACAAACGGUACAAACGAAGAACACACGCGAUCACAGCACCAACACCAUUGGCACCUCGAGCACCGUACACUCAGCGAGCUCAAGCACCAGCAGCACCGCCAACUCAACGCCCAACACCUCACGGCCAAACUCGAAGCAAAGCGGCAUACGCAAACCGUUCGCUACCGCAAUGGGCACACUCAGCUCAGCCCUAGCAUCGAAAUUGCCUGUCUCACAUUCAGAUUUGACAAUUUCCGCACAUCACGCACACGCAUCGGCUAAAGAGGAUGCACACUUGCUGGCCACCAUACGCGGCAUGCGCGUCGAUUUGGCGAUCAAGGACAAGGCCAUGCAACGCUUGACGCGCGAAUUGGAGGAGUGCAAGAAGACAAUAAAGAAAUUGCAACGCGAGAAAGACGCACAAAAAUCCGAUAAGUCACAGUGGAACAGCUAUACGUGCUUAAAUAUUGCACGGCGUAGUCACGAGGCACUGCAUCACAACCAAGCGCACAGCGACCAAAUGCCCGCUACCACAGAGAGUCAAACGCUGCGUGAAGCGCAAAACAAACUCAAGCUGUUGGAAUCAGAUUAUAAAAUACUACAUGACAAGCGUUUGAACGACCUGAAGACGCUGCAGAGUGCCCAUGAACGUGAGUUGGCCUCGUGUCAUGAAACGGUACGCGUACUACAGCAACGGCUCAACGAACGCGACGAAGCUUUUGCCACACAAAAACGCCGCAAAUUGCCAGUUGACUACUAUGCGCUGAAAGCCAAGGUUUCGUCAUUGGAGCGUCGCCAUUCGGAGCGUGAGGAACGUCUGCGCAUGCUCGUGGAUGCGCUGAGCAAAGGACGUCUAACCGGCGCAAUUGAGGACUUGCUCGGCGACAACAACAACCAGCGCAGCACCUAAAAGCGCGUUUAAGCGUCAUCAUCAAUCAUUGCAACAUUUGGCCAAGUUUUUAGCUGCUAUUUAGCACCCUGUAUGCACAUGUUGCACACAUUGCCAGCGAAAGAUAUAAAAAACAAAUAGAAAUUAGAAUAAAAUGCUCAGUAUUAAGUACCAGUGCCCGCCCAUAGCUGCGCGCUCCCACACAACGCUCACUUUUAAAGUAUAACGUUAAGUUUUAGUUGCAAUAUUUUAAAUUCAGUUUCAUUGCUCAUCAUUCAAGCAAGUCAUGUGCGAUGAUGAGCGUUUUUAAAGUUAAUAUACUUUCCAUAUAUGUACGAGUAUAUGUGUUUGCAUGUAUUCAGGAGCGCAGCAAAUGUUUGCCAUCCAUUUCAAUUGUGGUUAUGCAGAAAUUAUUCAACGAUCAUAAGGUAUGACUUUUAAAACACAUACAAUAUUUUGUAAGAGAAUUAUAUUAAGAAUUGUCAUAAAAAAAAUUGCACAUUGUCCAUUAAAUUAUUUUGUAAAUUAAAUAUGCAAUUAAAAAUUGUCCAAAAUGCGCUUAAAAGCAAAAACAAAGUUGACUGAAUAUUUACACAAAGUAUAAGCUGCUAUUGUGUAAGGAGCACAUGUGACGCCCUUUCCGGGAUAUGACAGAUUUUAAUUAGAUAUAUAUGUAUAUGUAGUUUAGAUGUGUGUGUAGUUGUAAUGGUAUGUCAAUAUUUUGUUAUAUUGUGAGUAGAUAUGGUAGUUGCUGCCAUUAAGGAACUUGAUAUAUUCGUAAUUACGUAUAAUUCAAAUUAGUGCGUAUUAUCCGUGUAAUCAGCGAUAAUAAUAGUUUCAACUAAAAUUUAUAUUAGUUUAAUGAAAAUUUGCUUUACAUUUGCCGUUUUCAAGUUCAAAAUAAUUCUAAGCAGUUUGCGUCUGAGAUUAUGAAAGAUACGAAUUGCCAAAAUAUACAAACAAUGCGUUCGUCGAUAGCUGUCUAUUCUAUCCGAAUUUUUAUUUAUUUUACUUUUAAAUCCUGAACAGGCUAUAUUAAGUUUACCACAAAGUUUGUAACACCCAGAAGGAAACGUCGGAAAACCUCUAAAAUAUAUACAUAUAUAAUUGAUCAGCAUGACGAGCUGAGUCGCGAACUAGUUUUUCAGGUUUUGGGAUAUCUAUCUGAAAUUUUCUCCCAAAGAAGCUGCUCAUCUGCUGUAGCACUUAGCUGCUCUACAAACUGAACGAUCACAUACAUGUCCUUAUAUGGAACACUUUUUAAUUCGACGAGAUAUCUUUACGAAGGUUGGGAUGUAUUAUUUUCCAAGGCAGCGGCACAGUAUCCGAAGAAAUUGUUUAGAUUGAACCACUAUAGCAUACUAAUUGAUCAAAAUCAUGUCCUUGUAUGGAAAACUUUUUUAUUUGAUAUCCACGAAAUUUCGCUCGAAUUAUUGUUUAAGGCAACGGUACAAUCUCCGAAAAAUUUGUUUACCCUGCCACUGUGAAGAGUAUUAUAGCUUCAGUGCAACGUUUUGUUCUAAAGAUUAAAAUAGUGUGUUCGUUUUGAGUUUGCAAGACGGAAGAGACCAAAAGCAAGCUUGUAUUACUUCCGAGAGUGCUUCCUCUUACCACAAUUUUUGAAUUCAUAAUGUCAAACAAACUUUCUUUUGUUUUUCUCAUAAAUUUCUUGUUUAUAUUUGAAUGAUUUAACCAUCUGUUCGUAUUUAGUCAAUACUCAGAAAACUCAUUAACCUUACCCAACAAAAACUCAUUGGUUGAAAUCUUUGAAAAAUUUAAAUUUUGAAUCAUAAAAACAAAGCAAAACAGCUUGUUUUGACAUUAUGGAUUAAAACACUGUAAGAGAUUCUUGUUUUUGAGCUAUCGAUACAACCUGAGCAGAAACUAGCAGUUCUCUUUGUUUCUUACGCUCUCAGCUUGUGCUCUUUUCAGCUUGUUUUUGGGUUGGGAAACGCUUUUCCAGCAGAAACUUAGCUGCUUAGUGAUAGUAAGCAGUUAAAAAACAAGUUUAAUAAUUUUUAGUUUUAUAUUCUAUCUAUGGAUAUUGAUUAAGCUUUCGGAAGAAUCUUUAACAAACUUUACAUGCUUUUAUGACAAAAAACCUAAGUGUAAAUUUUAACAUACUUAAAAAUGCUCUUGAAAUCCAAUUACAAUUCUAUUUUCCAAUUACGAGGACGCACAAAAACAAUUUUUGUCGUAUAUAAUAAAAUCCUAAAUUUUAUGUUAUUUGUUAUCGCCAUUGUUUUUACCUUUCGCAUUUCAAGAUUGUUAUAUUCUAUGUAUGUGCCUCUUCAUCAAUGCAAUCCGCCGCAUGGAAGACACAAUUGUGGUAGCGUAAUU